AAAUGUCAGAGAUGCACGCAACCACCAGUCAACGCUGUACGAAGCUAAUUUGGACGGGUUCGGAAGCCAAUUUGCAUCGGAAGGCGCGACGCUGGUUGCUCGACGCGUUUUGGCUGGAUGCAGUGGGGCUUGCCGACUACUGCUGCCGCGAUGAUUGGUGCUCACUGCUCAGACACCCCUAACAUUCAACACCCAACCUCACUCACACCUCGACAACAGCUGCGGACGGAGAUCGUGCCCGGUAAUUCUCAGACAGCUGCGAGAUGACUUCAAGUAGGAAAUAUGCAACAUUGCCGGACCUAGAUUCGGCGCCGGAUAUCUACGAGACGCCGGAGCUCACCGACGACCAUUCGACAGUUCCACCGACGACCGUACGGUCACCUUCCGACGAUGAGUAUGACGAAGAUGAAGAGGACGCUGCUGGCGUUUCGCGGUCCCGCCUUCGCAUAAAUGAGGCCCGGGCGAGGUUCAUGCCCUCCGCGGUAGAUGCGAGCGAUGUAGACUUCUCAGACCGCCUCAGCAGCAGGCGAAGGUCUUACAGGACGUCGACCCGGCGACGUCGGAUCCUCGAUGAUGGGACGGAGGAGCUGGGCGACCUGAGCGACGAGGACGACGCAGGGAACCUCACACGGAAGAUCGCCAGGCUGAAGCGGGAGAUUGAGGAAGCCAAGGAGGAGUACGGAAAGCAGAAAGCAGCUGCCGCCCAAUCGACAGAAGAAGACGAAGUCCAGAAGGACGAGCUCGAUUCGAUCAGCAAGCUUCUGGACGAGAUCUCCGGAGUCGACGAAUCACUUGCCUCUCGCACUCUUCCUCCGGCUAGUACUCUCUUUGCUGCCAGACCACAACCUAGAGUUGAGGAAAGGGCACAUGGAGACUCCAAAGACGGCGCCAAGUACACGAUGACAUAUGCGCCGAGCUAUGAGCAGACUCAAGCUCUGUCCAAGGCUGCCGAUUUCGACCGACGUCUUGUCGUGCUAGAGAAGGCAUUGGGUGUCGGGUCGACAGCAAUGCCCGAAUUCGACUCGAACGGCCUACCUCGGGCCAUUAUUCCCCUCCUGGAGAACCUCCACAAGCAAAUCUCGACCCUAUCCGACGCUUCGGUUCCGUCGCUGGACAGCAUCAGCCGGAGAGUACGAACCCUGACUCAGGAGGCGGAAGGUCUAGAGAAGGCACGUCGGAACGCUAAGGCGGCCCAAGAUGCCCUUGCUUCAACUGGAUCAGGGGCAACAUCCGAGGCCGCUGCCCCAGAAGACUCGGAGCAGAUGGCCAAAAUCAAUGCGCUCUACGGAACCUUGCCGACCAUCGAGAACUUGGCGCCGCUCCUGCCACCCCUUCUCGACCGUCUCCGAUCGCUACGGAUGAUCCAUGCCGAUGCUGCGACGGCGGCCCAGACGCUGGAGCGCCUUGAAAAGAAACAGGCGGAGAUGUCAUCGGAGAUUCAGAUGUGGAGAGAGGGACUGGAGAAGGUGGAGUCUGCUGUCAGGGAGGGUGAUGCGACGAUGAACAGGAAUAUGGAUGUGAUGUCGAAGUGGGUGAAGGACUUGGAGGAAAGGAUGUCGAAGUUAUCUUAGACGGCAGACUACAGUGAUACCCAACGCCAAAUAUGUACUGAUGAAUACUGCAGUGGGGGGGGUCUUAGGUGGGUGACAUUGAAUGUAUGGACUUUUAUUAUGGGCAUGGUGCCUUAGGAUUCGAGUGCUGAACUUGGCUGGCCCAAGAGGGCAUGGCGUCUUACGGACAUCCCGUACGCGGAACCGCCCACUUCCC